CUGUCCCAGCACAGCCCAUAACUUACACGCCUCCGAAAACAGUAUGUCAAGCCCGCAUCUCUUGUUGGUCGUCGCGCUCCUUUGCGCCCUCAUAGCUGCUGUUGCAAUAUUUCUCAGACCCUAUUCGUUCAAGGGAAGAAGGGGAAAUGCACUACUUCUUGUCGGACCCCCUGAUGCAGGUAAAACUGCGAUCACAUCCUUCCUGACAUUCAAACAAGCGCUGCCAACACACACUUCACUUCAAGUAAACGAAACUCAAGCCACUUUUUCCUCCUCUUCUACUCCAAAAGAUAGGGCUUUUCGCAUAAUAGACGUUCCAGGUCAUCCUCGCAUUCGUUCCCAGUUUUCGAACUAUCUGGGAGAUGCAAGAGGCAUUAUAUUCGUUGUGGAUACCAGUAACCUCGCCAGGAGUGGGCCUGCUGUAGCCGAGCACCUUCACAUAAUAAUGCACGCACUCACUUCCCUCCCUCCCACCACCCACGUCCCCUCGCUUGUAAUUCUCUCCCAUAAAUCCGAUCUAAUAUCUGUGCCUACAUCUUCGUCUCGCUCGAAGAUCGCAACAGACAGAGUUCGCUCAAUUCUCGAAAGGGAGUUGGAGAAACGUCGUCUGCAGUCUGUGAGUGGGGUGGGUGUCGGAAGUCUCGGAGAUGGGACGGAGAAAAGCGCGAUGAGUGGUGAGAUGGGUGGAGAAAUGGGUGGAUUGGAAUGCACGGGCUCAGAAGGCUUCUCAUUCGAGACAUGGGAAGGUGGCGAAGCUACCAUCAUUGCCAGCAGCCUGAAAGAUGGAUCAGGAACGUCCACUGUAGAGAAGGGCAACAAUAGUGAUUCUUAUGAAGAAGCACGCUCCUAUGAUAUGGAUGGCCACGGCCUUGGCUCAUUGAUCGAAUGGAUCGAAGAUUUGCAGUAAAUUAUCCAAGUCAAUUUAGAGCACAUUCGGACUUCCUUAUCUCCAUUACUCUGCACCAGAGUCACUCCCGUGGCCACGUCGCCAUUUUUGAAAUUUCACUUAUUCAUUUUUCAUGUAAGAACACUCCCUCUGAGGCAUGGAAUGCAUUGUUCCUGGUGCCAAUCUUCUGGAUCUCUCUUUAUUGUAACCGGUAUCCUACAUGGACGCGCUUUCUGGAACAUGGGCAACGCUGGCACAUACCCAUUUUUCCAUCGUUUCGUCAAUUUUGCAUUUCGAUCGGGGCCGGGGCACAGUGCAACGCCAGAUUCGGCUCUGUGCUCUGGACCAUACUCCGCAACGGACGCGCAAUAUCUCCACUCCCACAUCCAUUUCCGACACACCCAUUUGUCACAUGUCAGCACCCAAGUAUUUGCUGUGAAUAAGUACCUCCUUUCUUGCAUGAGCCAUUACUGUGUCCAAUAAAUUAUAUGACAAUGAUUUGGACAAC